CACUGACGAGCUGUGUUUCCAUCUGACCUGACGCUCUCAUCUUUCAACAUGACGACCGACACGCCCCAGAGCUACUCGAUCCGCAAGGAGGCGGACCGCAUCUUCCGCGACGUCCUCCUCCGGGACGCGCGCCUGCAGCUGCCGGCCAAGGUGCUCGAGCUGGCCGGACGCACCUCGUUCAACGCGCCCGACACGGUCGACACGCCCUUCCUGCCCGUGCCGCUCCGGUUCGCCGAGGUCAGCGCGGCGCUGUGGGCGCUGGCGGGGACGCUGGGCAGCGCCGUCGCGCGCGACCGCUUCGGGGCGGAAGCCGCCGGCGGCGCGCAGGACGUCACGGUCAACACGGACCUGGCGGCGCUCUUCCUCGCGUCGGCGGUGCUGGCCCGCGUCAACGGCAAGCCCCUGUCGGACCCGGCCGUGGCGGCGGUGUGGGGGCGAUACGACCUGGGCCGCAUGGCGGAUCCCUGGCGGCGCUUCUGCACAAACGUCUACCCGACGCGCGACGGCCGCUGGUUCCACCUGCACGGCAGCAUGAACGCGGACCGCUCGCUCGCCAUGCUGGGCCUGCCGCGCGACGACGCGGCCGUGUCGACGCAGGAGGAGGCCGUGGCGGUUUACGCCGACGCCGUGCGGCGCCAUGACGCCGAGUGGCUCGACGUCGAGGCCAACGAGCACUGGCGCCAGGCCGGCACCGUGUGCCUGACGCGGGACGAGUUCGACGCCACGGAGCAGGGGAGGGCCACGGCGGCCGACGGGCUGUACAUCCUCAGCCGCCACGAUGACGCCUCCCAAAACCCGCUCCCGCCUGUCCCCUACCCGGCCGUCCGGGACCCCAACGACCGAAAGCCCCUCCGGGGGAUCAAGAUGGUCGACAUAUCGCGCGUCAUCGCCGCGCCGACCGUGGCGCGGCUCGCGGCCUUCUUCGGCGCGACCGUGGUGCGCGUCUCGCACGCGGGCCAGCCCGAGGUGGGCGCCCUGCUGAUGGACGGCAACCUCGGCAAGCGGGACGCGUCGCUGGACCUCAAGUCGGGGGACGGGAGGGCCGCGCUCCGGCGGCUGGUCGAGGACGCCGACGUGGUGCUGGACGGGUACCGGCCGGGAGCCCUGGACCGGCUCGGGUUCGGGCAGGCGUACCUGCACGCGCUGGCGCGCCGGAGGGGCAAGGGGAUGGUGGUGGUGCGCGAGAACUGCUACGGCUGGUCGGGCCCCUGGGCGGGCAGGUCGGGCUGGCAGCAGAUCUCGGACUGCGUCACGGGCGUCAGCUGGAUGAUGGGCGAGUUCCUGGGGCUGGACGAGCCUGUGGUGCCGCCGCUGCCGAGUUCCGACUACCAGACCGGCCUCGUCGGCCUGAUCGGCAUCCUGACGGCCAUCGACAAGCGCGCGACCGAGGGCGGCAGCUACACGGUCGACAUCUCGCUGAACCAGUUCAACCGCUUCCUGCUCGCGCAGGGCGCGCUCGCGCCCGAGGUCCAGCGCGGGCUGCGCGAGCUGCACCCGACCUUUCGGCCGCGGCACCACGACGACAUGAUGGCGCUGCUGACAAAGGUCAUGGGGUCGCUCCAGGCCGCGGUGCCGCGCCUGUUCCGCCCGGCCUACUUUGACAGCAUCCCGAGCGACCUGGGCGGCGGCGGUGGCGGCGGCCCGGCCGGCACCAAGGACGUGCUGACUUACCUCAGGCUGCCCGUCGAGCUGGGCGUCACGCCGCUCGGGCCGGCCGUCGGCAGCUGCCUGCCGGGGACGCACAAGGCCGAGUGGCCGCAGGAUGAGGGGGGCGAGGCUUCAGGGGCGCUUUGAAGGGGCGGUCUAGAACUGCGUAGUGGCGUCUGGGCGAGCUGAGCGUUAUGAUUUGGCCAUGUUGAGGGAAUCUUUUGAGGCGGGCGGCUUCUUUGGCUGAGGCGCUGGCUAUGUGGCUUGGACUAGGGGGGCUGCAGAGGACCGCGGCGCUGACUCUAUUUUAGGUGUGCUCUUGGUGCC